AGCUAGUGUGUCCACAGAGUCAGCGUGGAAUGAAUAUUGGCUACCUCGGGGCUGCCAUACGACUCACGCUUUCCAUCACCGCGUUUAAACGGCGGCCCAGAGACACGCGGUUUUUGGUUUUGGUUUUUUGUUUUUAUCGUUUUUGCCUCUCACCGGUUCUCGUCCUCAACGAUCCGCAAGAUACGAGUGAAAACGCGGAUCUUAUUCCCUACGGUGGAUUACGGGUACAUUUCAUACAGUGUCACAGGGUAUAAGCCACUCGCGAAAUUGUGCAAACAUGCGGUUUGACGAACAGUUCUUCACCAUGCUCGGUGACGCGGAUUUGAGCAUGGGGGCUGGAGGAGCUGGUGGGCCGAUUCUGGGCCUCCCAGGAACCGGUGUAGCCGGCGUUUUGUCCCAGCACUGUGCGAUUUGCGGUGACAGAGCUACAGGGAAACAUUACGGAGCAGCAUCGUGCGACGGUUGCAAAGGCUUCUUCAGAAGAUCUGUGAGAAAAAAUCACCUCUACACGUGCAGGUUUAGCAGAGCAUGCGUGGUGGACAAAGACAAGAGAAACCAGUGCAGAUACUGCAGACUGAGGAAAUGUUUCAAGGCCGGGAUGAAGAAAGAAGCCGUUCAAAACGAAAGAGACCGAAUCAGCUGUCGAAGGCCGAGCUACGAGGAGCAAGGAAACGGGGGCGGCGGUUUGUCGGUUGCUUCGCUUCUGAAUGCGGAGAUGCUCAGCCGUCAAGUUGGCGCAGCGUUAGAGCAGCUCGGAAGUCCGAACAGCGAGGCAGAUCUGAGCACCAAGCAAGUAGCGAGUAUAAACGACGUCUGCGAUAGCAUGAAACAACAGCUAUUAAUUUUGGUCGAAUGGGCGAAAUACAUACCGGCCUUCAGCGAGCUCAGUUUGGACGAUCAGGUGGCCUUGCUGAGGGCCCAUGCCGGUGAACACCUUCUCCUCGGUGUUGCGAGGCGCAGCAUGCACCUCAAGGACGUUCUUCUCUUAGGCAAUAAUUGCGUAAUAACAAAAAAUUGUCCUGUAAUCUUAUUGUCCACAGAGGGACGCAGCCAGGACCUCGACAUAAGUAGAGUCGGCACUAGGAUUAUGGAAGAGCUUGUCAAGCCUCUGCAUGACGUGCAAAUCGACGACACGGAAUUCGCUUGUCUCAAAGCCAUAGUGUUCUUUGAUCCGAACGCAAAAGGGCUUAGCGAGCCGGCGAGAAUCAAGCAUCUCCGUUACCAGAUCCAGAUAAACCUCGAGGACUACAUAAGCGAUCGCCAGUACGACAGCCGAGGUCGUUUCGGCGAGAUUCUCCUGACGUUACCGGCCCUCCAGUCGAUCUCGUGGCAGAUGAUCGAGCAGAUACAAUUCGUCAGGCUGUUCGGAGUGGCGCACAUCGACAGUCUCCUCCAGGAGAUGCUGCUGGGCGGUGCUACGGCCGAAAACAACGGCUCGACCUCUCUGCCGAUACCAAACGCCCCAGGAAGCUACGUGAGCAGCAACGAGAGUCCGAGCAGUCCGCUGACGCCCGCUCAUCCUGGUCCCCUCAGUCCCCAGGACCACAUGCUAGCCGCCGGAAGUCCGCCGGACAUGAUGCUCAGGGACCUCACACCGAUGACCAACGAGGAGCACACAACAGCCGCUGGUUUCAGGAUGUUCAAGCAGGAGCCGAGCCUCGAGGCUGACCCGCCGGGUUUUUGACUAGACGGUGAAUUUCCCUCCAUUUAUCCGGAAGAGAUAGCCUGCUGAAAACCCUUCUCCUCCUCAUCCUCCGUUUCUGCAAGCUCAUUGGAUAUAGUUCACGAUCAACUUUAAAUUCCGAUGCAAGAUGUAAUUAUCCGAAAUUGGCAAAGAGACGACAGUGAGGGCUAAUCGAGGGCGGGGUAUCAUAGGCGGGAAAUCAGAAAUCAGAAAUUCGAAAAACGAACUCCAAAAUCGUGGAGAGGUUGAAAAUCAGUGAAAAUUCUGUACACAAUGAUUCUUAGAUUCUUAGUGAGUGAUAUCCAGUCGGAACAAUGAUAUAAUGUUAAUCGAUCGGUAGGGAAAGAGCAAUCAAUCAUGGAUUAUUCAAAAUUUAAAAUUUGGAAAAUACAAGGACAAUUGGAAUUCGAUAUCCAAUUAUCGAGAUAAAUCGACUCGGCCAUUUUUUUCUGCCACUCUCUUUAAUUGCGAGUAAUACGAUAAGAAGCUGCGUUUCACAUGAUAAGUGUUCAGUGAGAAAAACUGAGCAACAAUGGUAGUCGGAAGGAUGACUGAUUAUAUAGUAAAUAUGCAAAACACUGCGCGUUUUUGAUACCGCGUAUAUACGAAUACACUAUUGUAAAAAAUAUAGCCAUAGAUGAUCAGUGCCUUGAUAAUUGCUCAAUGUAUAAUUUCUAUAUCAAAGUAAUGAUAUGCGGUAAACUAUUAUAUAUACAAGAAAAAAAUCGUUGAUAGAUUUAAAAGAAGAAAGAAAAAAAAAAAAUGUGGCAUUAUUUAUAUACACCUACGAUAAACAAAAUACCUAUAAGCGUGUAUAUUCACGAGUAUGCAUGCGAGCAUUAAUGAAAAUUUAUUAAUGCGGGUAAAACUUGUGAUAAGAUACAAUAUAUAGAUAUAUAUAUAUAUAUAUAUAUAUCUAAACAUAUGCAUAAUGAAUAAUUGAAAAAAUGGAAAUCUUUAUACGUGCGAUCUUACGAUUAAUUACCGUUACGACAUAAACUUGCGCUAGGAAUUUCAAGUGAUAGAAAACGA